AUGAGAAAGUUUUACUUAAGAAUAAUUUGCUAAAAAGCUGUUGUUUAAUUAAUAAAUUAAGUAAAUCUAUUAUUUUAUGGACCAGAAAAUAUUGGAAGAGAUGAUUUAAUUCAUAGUAAUUUUGACUUUAACCUUAAAUAGUCUGUUUGAAAGAUAAGAAAAGUCCAUUUUUAAUAGAUUGUUCUUUCAAUGCAAAUAUUAUUUAAUUCUUAUUCAUUAUGAAAUGCGGGAUUUUGUUUUAUGUGAUUUAUUAAUAGAGACAAUCAACCUCCUCUCCUUUUCUCAGAGAACCAUUUGAUAAACCUAUUUAUUAAUUAAAGUUGGCAAAAAUUACAAUUUUUUCAAUAUAUAUUAUUCAAUCAGAUUAGGUGUAGAAUAAGGAAAUACUUAAGAUUUCUUUAAUCUCUAAAAUUUGA